GGCGUCAAUGUAUAACCUUACUUUUCAAGACCGAAGGAGUAAGAGUCUGGCAGCGCGACCACAAACUUCUCGAAGCAGCGAAGUGCAAAUGUUUGUGCCCUUGUCCAAUGUUGCUUCUAAAGCCGCUCGGCAUGCGCUUCUGCAGGGGUCGGUUGGUUGUUCAAUAUAUCAAGGAGAAGCUAGGAUAGAUACUGCCGAUGGGACCGAACACGUGUUUUGUUUGUUUUUGUUUUCUUCCUUUAAAUAGUUCAGAUUCAGAGGAAGGAAUUCCCAGAUUUGCAUGCGUCUUGUUCAAUGCAGAACCCAUGAUACACUGCAACUGAUUGCAACUGGCCUUUUGUUUGCUGCACUUGGAUGGCUUCCAAGCAAGUCGUUUAGCCAAAGUAAGAUGCAGAUUGCUGUCCUGCCCAUGGAAGCAUGAAGGAAGCUUCUCCAGGCUUUUGUGAAGCAGACAUCGAGAGGGCCUGCAAUCCAGGGAGCUUUCAAAAAGGUCUGACCUUGAUGAAACAAGGCGCAGUGAAGCUCACAGGUGGGUCUGCUGGUGCGGAGGCUCAAGUGGCCAGCGAGCGUGGCCACGGACAUUACGCCGUUCGCCUGGGCCGCUGUGGAGUCUCAGUAAAUGCCAAGUGUAGCUGCGUGGAUGCUCGCACUCGUGGUGGGUUGUGUAAGCACGCAGCGGCUGUGGCGCUGGUCUUCCUUCAGCAUAGCCAGGAUUUACCGCAGAUGCCGUUGGUCUCCAACGGGGCGUCGUCCAAGCGGCCUCGGCCACCGGCCACACCCCGAUUGGAGAGUCCAGAGCCUGAGGAGGUCAAGGAGCCAGUGCCUCUGAAGAAACCCUGCUUCCCCAAGGCGACACCACGGGCGCCCAGCGGAUAUAUGGCUAGGGGCUUUUUUCUACGCCAGCUGCAGAGCUCUGCGAUGGCAGGUGAUCACGAAGCCUUUGCCAACGACCUUGAGCGGAUGGAUGAGCUCGGAGAGAAGGAAGCGAGCGCACUCUUGCACAAGGCUGUCCAAGGCCAGGACCUGGCAGGCUCCGAACGGAUCAUUCAGCUGCUGCUGGAUCGGCCUGAUGGUCAGCGAGUGGCCAUGACAGGUGCCUUUGAUGAGUUGCGUCGAACUCCGCUACACGCAGCGGUGGCAGCCAAUAGGCUUGGAAUUUGCCGGAGCUUGCUGCAAGCGCGCGCGGAUGUAGCUAUGAAGAACGGGAAUGGGAUGACGUCUUUGGAUCUCGCGCAGCGCCGCAAGGUAGACACCUCCAAAGGUGAUUGGCGCCAGCACGAGGAUCCAGUGCUAGUUCUCUUACGCGAAGCCAUGAAACGGAGAACAACAUGAAUUGGGGAGUACAGAAGGCCUGUAAUUGCAAUUACUGUACAAAGCAUAUAAUACUGGGGGUAUGGCGAAGCGGUGCAGUCGAUGACACGAGGUAUGUGGCCAACAUGGCCCUCUUGGGGAUAUUGAUCUGCGAACACCGUUUCGUUGUGUCAUUUUAAUGAUGGGUUUCCGGAACUGGGCCUCGUGGGGUAGCGCGGGAAAA